AUGACUCCUCGCCGCUCCUCUCGCGCCCGCACAACCCAGCCUCCGCCCUCGGUCCUUCAACAUACCAAUUCCUCUAGCUCGUCAAGCUCCCAUUCUCGAGGAGAGAGGAAUACCAGAUCGAAUCAUAAGGCCCAGUCUCCUCAUAGGUCUUCAACUCAACGGUCUCAAUCCAUCGACGAUGCUGAAGCCAACUGGAAAAACGACUUCCCGCAGACGCGCCAGCGCCAGCGCACCCGAGAGGACGAAGACCAUGACAACAGGCAAAGAACUACACAAGAUGAGGAGUAUGAGGAAGGUGAAGAAGAGGACGAGAUUACCAGAUGUAUUUGUAGGCAACAGGACUAUCCUGGCCUUCCUCCUUCUCGUCGAGAAGCUCUGGAGCGUGGCCGCAUGGCUUCCGGCCUAAAGGAUGAGAGCGUGCUAGGUCUGCCAACAGACUUAUCCGACUUGAUGCCUGAUGAACUUGGCAGUAUGUUCAUUCAAUGUGAUACUUGCAAGGUUUGGCAACAUGGUGGCUGUGUCGGCAUCAUGGACGAGGCGAUGAGCCCCGAUGAAUAUUUUUGCGAAGAAUGUCGAAAGGACCUCCACAAAAUCAGGGCUGAGUCAAAUGGACAAUACUCGUCGCAGUACCUUCCCGUGGCCCCGGUGUCUUCUCCAGCCCCAUCCUCCCGAGAGUCGACCAGAGAUAGCUCCAGGCGCCCAAAAGACUCCAAGUCCCGGCAGAAUGGAAUACCUACCGUCACAAAACGUCGUUCCACGAACAACAGCCGUGAGGCUGCCUAUGAUGAAGAGGAACAGCUGCGACGUGCUAUCGAAGAGAGCAAGGAAGACACCCAGGCUACCGCAGAAGAAGCUUCCUCAAGACGAAGCAAGAGAAGCCGAAGCGAUAGUGAAACGAACAAGCAAGUUGCCAAAAGGCAACGUACUGGUUCAGCGUCACCACCAGCUGCUUCAAAACAGGCGAAUUCUAUUUCUCAGCCUGCGUCAGAAGACGAAGCCAAAACAAGAGGAGCUGCAAAUGGUGUCAAAAAGCAGAGACUGCCGUCACGUAACCAGCGUGAAAAAGAUAGCAAGGACACCGAAGAAGUGGAACAAGAGCGUCCCGAGUCUUCUGGUAAUCGCAGGAAAGCGAGAUCAGACCGACGACGCGGCGAAGCCGAGUCCGAUCAUGAUGUUGGAUCGCCAGUAAAAGCUGUCGUGAACGAACUGGCGGCUGAACCUGCCCAGCCAAGUCCCGACCCUUCUGUCCCUGUCCAAGAGCCAACCAAUUCUCGUUCAUCAACGCGCAAAUCUGGGCGCCCACCAACCCGGCAAGGAGGCCGCGGACGCAAUCAAUAUACCAGGGACCGGGAUCUCAACCUGAACGGUACAGAUUCGAACAACUCUCCACGCCGCGGGUAUUCUCACGAUAUCGGCGCAGAUUCUCCCAGAGUCGGUGCGCAUGGGACGAAUGGACACGUGAACGGUGGGGAAUUCGGCAGACCCAGCAGGCCACGGUAUAUGAACCCACAGCGUACCACUAUGAACGAGAUGAAGAGACGUGUUGCUGCUAUCCUUGAAUUUAUUUCGCGAAUGCAAGUCGAGAUGGCUACAGCGGGUGAGAGUUCGUCUACCCCCAUCAGCAAUGGCGAUAAGCCAAACGGGAGCCUUCCCAAAGCUGUGGCCGAUCAUCUCGAAAAUGGUGCCCCAUCAAUAGCCAACGAUGUCAAGGAGUCUACGCCAGCUACAGAUGGCGUGACCGAACAAGUAUCAAAAGAGAAGGACUUCAAAGAUCUAAGCAGUAUCGAGAUGAUGGAUGUCCUCACACGUCACCUUCUCAAAUGGCAGCAAGAAUAUGGGAAAUUUGGAGAGAGGUAA